AUGUCUACGCCCUCCACUGCCACCGCGACACAUCCUUCGCAUCACCAGCAGCAUUACGGAUUCCCUCAUCAUCAGCCAUACCUCCCGAAUCCAUCAGCGUAUCCGACCACGUCCUCUACCACCGCUCCGCACCUCAACCCGCCGGUCUACCCUUAUACCGUCCCCUCAUCGACCGCUACUCUACCUUUUACCCAUUCUCCACAAAUAGCCGCCGCCGCUUCAACGCCUACAAGCACCACAACUAUGCCGCAGCCGCCUCCGAAACCCGCUAGCACGGGAAUCUCGACUCAAACAGGGAGACGGAAACAGCCGGACUGGGGCGAGUUCUAUAAAAAUGGGAUACCCGAAGAAGUAAUCGUCAUUGAUGAUACUCCUCCUCCGACUGACCAUUCUGCUGCCGUCUCACAUGCUUUCGCGACAAAUUCCUCCGCUGCAGCUCCUAAUGGCAGUAUGCCACAGCCUGCGGGUAAGAGACGGCGUACCGGUAUUGAGACAGCCUACGAUCUAGGGUACUACGAUCGCCCGUCCUUUUCUAUAAAUCCACAACAAUAUGGCGAAGAAUCAUCUGCCGGAUCUCUUUCGACAGACCGGACGGCCUCACUACAUACCACUGCCCCCACUUCUCUCUCACAGGGAAGUUCCGGUGCCAGCAACGGUGCCUAUUAUGAAGAGGCCAACGUUGGUCAGAAGCGAAAACGAGUGACGACCAGAAAGUCCGUCCGAGAUGAGCAGAAGAAGCGGGAGCAGGAGACAGCAACUGAUGCCUUUCUGAGCUACAUUCCUCCCCCCAAUCCCCCUGUCAAGGCCAAGGAUGUGCCUGUUCCUGUCAUUCGUUCUUACGCAAAUCGGGGCGAAAAGUUUGAUGACGAUGAUGGUCACUACAUCGUCACUCCUAAUACCCCCUUAACAGAUCGAUACACUAUCUCGAGGCUUCUCGGGCAAGGAACAUUCGGCAAGGUCGUUGAAGCCUAUGACAAACAACGCAAAACUCGCUGCGCCGUCAAAAUCAUCCGCUCGAUUCAAAAGUACCGCGAUGCCUCUCGGAUUGAGCUUCGAGUGCUCUCUACCCUGGCCCACAAUGACAAGCACAACCGAAACAAAUGCAUCCAUCUCAGGGACUGCUUCGAUUUUCGAAAUCAUAUAUGCAUUGUCACGGAUCUGUUAGGCCAAAGCGUCUUUGAUUUUCUCAAAGGCAACGGGUUUGUCCCGUUUCCCAGCUCCCAGAUUCAGAACUUUGCCCGACAACUCUUCACUAGCGUGGCCUUCCUCCAUGACCUUAACCUCAUUCACACUGACUUGAAACCCGAAAACAUCCUCCUUGUCAAAAGCCAAUACCAAACAUUCACCUACAACCGCACAAUCCCGUCCUCAUCUGCUGUUAUUUCUCGGAAUGCACGUCAAAGACGUGUUUUGCUUGACAGCGAGAUUCGCCUCAUUGACUUUGGGUCGGCAACAUUUGAUGAUGAAUAUCAUUCGUCUGUUGUCUCCACACGGCAUUACAGAGCGCCGGAGAUCAUCCUAAAUCUUGGUUGGAGUUUCCCAUGCGACAUCUGGAGUAUUGGCUGUAUACUGGUCGAGUUCUUUACCGGAGAUGCCCUCUUCCAGACUCACGACAACCUCGAACACCUUGCAAUGAUGGAGGCCGUCAUCGGAGAGAAGAUCGAUCCCAAGUUGGUCCGUCAAGUCAUGUCAGGUGGGAGGAACGGGAACCAGAACCAAGCCGCCAAAUACUUCCUCCGCAAUAAACUCGAGUAUCCUAACGAGGAAACCACCCGUGCCUCGCGAAAAUAUGUCAAGGCUAUGAAGAAGCUAACGGAAUUCAUGCCGACAAAUACCAAGUUUUACCGAUUAUUCCUCGAUCUCUUGCAGCGCAUCUUUGUCUAUGAUCCGAAGCAGCGUAUCACCGCUAAAGAUGCGUUGAAGCACCCGUGGUUCAAGGAGAGUCUCACGGAUGAUGGGACAGAAGCUUUGCGAAUCGGACAACAGUUGCAGCGCAACGGUCAACAACGCUAA